AUGAGCCAUAUAAUUGCAAUUAGUAGCAAGAUAAGUAUGGAAUUUAUUAUCAUUGGCAUCAUUGAGGAACCUGCAAUGAUAGAGACAGUUGUUAGUAAAGGCUCAGCUUCUGCACCACCUACAGAAAAUAUUUGUGAGGGUAGAGGAUUAAGAGCAGAAAGUUGUGGUUCUUUUGGAACCUGUUUACUCACUCUUUCUUUCGUAUCGUUCGUAAGGGGAGGCUCAUACUCAGCUGAUCUUUCUGAAACUACUUCAUUAUCUUUCUUUAAUACUAAAACUCAGAGACUGGACUCAUCCAGAGUUAAAUCUUUGGAACCUGAAGAG